AUGCGCAGCGCGCUAGUUCUUUCUUUCCUUCCGCUGCUAGUUUUGGGAUGCAACAAUCCCGCUAGUCAUGCCUGUGCUUCUGCAUACACUGCCUCCAGGUCCGAGGCUGCUGGAUUCUGUGCGACUUUCACAGCUAGCUCUGUGACUGCCACUACCGGCCUUCCUAGCUUUGCUUCUGCUUGUAACUACAAUGUGAAGCACAUGUCUAGUGCAUGCAGCUGUCUCGAUACUGCCUGGGCAACUGACUCUACUGCUACAUUGGAAUCUACCACUGUUGCUUCCACUGUUGCUUCUACCGUUGAAACCUCCAACACCAUCCCUGUUGUGCCUGUCGCAACUAGCACUUCGAGCUCACCAACUACUUUGGUUAAAGCUACUCGGCCUGCAUCUUCUUCUACCCCUGUCUCGUCCACUUCUUCCACUUCUUCCACUUCUUCCACUUCUUCCACUUCUUCCACUUCUUCCACUUCUUCCACUUCUUCUACUGUCGUGGUUGAGGCCCCCAGUACCACCGCAGCAGCUGUUGUCUCGACUACCGCGGUCUCUGUGUCUUCAGCUGAAGCGGCUUCCGUUACUGGAUCUGCCUGUGUGAUCAGCGAAUAUGCUUCGCUGUCCUCUGCCGUCGCAUCAUGCACCAACAUUGUGUUAUCCGACUUUUACGCCCCGCCCUCGAGCACGAUUGACCUGUCGAGUCUCCAGACCGGUGCUUCUGUCACCUUCGCUGGUACUACCACCUUUGGAGACACUUUCGAUGAUGACUUUGACCCGAUUGUUAUCUCCGGAACCAACCUCACAAUUACCGGUGCUUCUGGUCACGUAAUUGAGGGCAACGGAGAGGCCUACUGGGAUGGUGAGGGCUCUAACGGUGGACAAGACAAGCCCGACCACUUCAUUGUCGUCAAGGACGUCUACUACUCAGAGAUCACCAAUCUCAACAUCGUCAACUAUCCCGUCCAUUGCUUCCAGAUCGAAGAUGCCGAACACCUCACCAUCUCCGGCCUCAUUCUGAACAACACCGCCGGAGACUCCGCCAACUCUGCCUCCGACGGAAAGGCAGCAGCCCACAAUACCGAUGGCUUCGACAUCUCCAAGAGCACAUACGUGACUCUGGAGGACACAGUCGUGUACAACCAAGAUGAUUGUGUCGCCGUCACCAGUGGCUCCAACAUCGUAAUCGACAACCUCUACUGCUCCGGUGGCCACGGUCUGAGCAUCGGCUCGAUCGGCGGCAAGAGUGACAACGUCGUCGAUACUGUGACAUUCAAGAACUCCCAGGUCGUGGAUAGCGAGAACGGCUGCCGUAUUAAGAGUAACGCCGAUACUACUGGUAGUGUUACCAAUGUGAUCUACCAGAACAUCACCCUAUCUGGUAUCUCCGACUAUGGUAUCGAUAUCCAGCAGGACUACUUGAAUGGUGGUGCUACUGGUGACCCAACCAACGGAGUGACUAUUUCCGGUAUUUCGUUCAUCGAUGUUACUGGCACUGCUACCGAUGACGGUAUGGAUUAUUAUAUUCUGUGUGGUAGUGACAGUUGUUCGGACUUUACUUUCUCUGGCGUUUCUAUCUCUGGAGGUGGUGAGACUAGCAGCUGUAACUACCCUUCCAGUGGCUGUCCUUAA